CAAAUGUCAAUGUCAAUCACACAUGUUAUGGUGGUGAAGUGAGGUUAUAUUUCUUUUAAAUUAAGAAAUAAUUACAAGAUACAGUUGAAUUUGUUAUAAAUAUGAAAGUAGAUAAAAAGAAACGGUAUUUCGAUACCGAAGGAAGUAAUAACACACAGAAAAUCGGAAAGAACAGCCAGGAUGUGGAAGUAUUUAAUAUUAAAGUUACGCCACGAAUGUUGAAAGCACAGAAAUUCAAAAAAGGAAACAAUAAAUCGGCUUCCAUAAAAAGAAAUGGGAAAGGAAAACAGAAGUACCCGGGUAAAGCUCCAUUAGACCCAAAGAAAUUAGAGCAACACGCGCGCGGUGAAGGACUGGAAGGGAAGGGGGUGAGGCAUCCAUUAUAUGCGGUGAAAUUGAAGAAGAAAGAGCGUAAAUUAAAAUAUGCCCAAGAAGAGGCUGCUAGAGCUGAAAUAUUGUUGACCGAAGACCAUGGUUUUCUAGAAGUAGGUGAAGAUGAAAGAACAACUGCAAUAUCACAGAAAGUUAUAGCAGAAAAUGUGGAUAUUGCUGCUGCUACAAAGAUAUUUGAAUUGAACUUGGAUUUUGGACCGUACAGAGCAAAGUACUCGCGCAACGGUAGACAUUUGCUGCUGGGAGGUAAAAAAGGACAUUUAGCGGCAUUUGACUGGGUAACAAAAAAGUUGCAUUGUGAAAUCAAUGUAAUGGAAUCGAUUCAUGAUGUUAGCUGGCUACAUGUAGAAACAAUGAUUGCCGUGGCUCAGAAGGAGUGGUUAUAUAUUUACGACAACACUGGAACAGAACUGCACUGUGUCAAACGCAUGGACAAAAUAUUGAGAAUGGAAUUUUUGCCGUACCAUUUCCUCCUAGCUGGUGUUAAUGAAUAUGGUUUUAUGUCAUGGCUGGAUAUUUCUGUUGGUGAAAUAGUGGGACAUUACAACAAUAAACUGGGAAGAACGUCGGUGAUGACGCAAAACCCUUACAAUGGCACUGUUUGUUUAGGAAACUCUAAAGGUGUGGUCUCAUUAUGGUCACCAACGGUGAAAGACCCUCUCGCGAAAAUUUUGUGCCAUAAAACACCAUUAACAGCUGUUGCUGUUGACAAUAGGGGCAUGUACAUGGCGACCUCUGGAGUUGAUCGCAGCUUGAAGAUAUGGGACAUCAGGAAUCUGGAUGGUCCCCUUCAACAUUACAAGCUCAGGAGUGCUCCAGAAGACUUGGAGUUUUCACAGAAAGACAUGUUGGCUGUCGGCUUAGGCGAAGUAGUGGAAAUUUAUAACAAUUGCUGCACGCAGACUACAGAGAGACCGUACCUAAGGCACAGGAUGGCGAAAACUAUAAACAAUUUCAAGUUCUGCCCCUACGAGGAUGUCUUAGGAGUUGGUACUACCAGUGGAUUCACCAGCAUAAUUGUUCCAGGCAGCGGAGAGCCUAACUUCGAUGCCCUCGAGAGCAAUCCAUUCCAGACCAAGACACAGAGACGUGAAGCUGAAGUCAAAUCACUUCUCGAGAAAAUACCUGCUGAGCUUAUUACUCUCAAUCCGUUCGAAGUUACUGAAGUGGAUGUGCCCACUAUGAAGGAACAAAUGGAGGCAAAGAAGAAACUCUUGUAUCUAAAACCUAAAAAGGUGAACUUUACUCCAAGAAAUAAACACAAAGGCAAGACUAAUAUCGCGCGAAAGAAAAUUAUUAAGGAAAAGGCUAGAAAGGAAUUCGUCGACCAACAAAUUGAGGCGAAGAAGUUACUGGACCUACCAGAGAAACAAAACGCAACGAAACAGUCCUUCGGAGUUCUCGACAGAUUUGUUGUAAACCCAAAACCUAAGAAAGCUAAGAAAUAAAAAAUAUACUUGAAUU